AUGCGUUCUUUCUUCAACUUUCUCCUGGCUUUGCCAACUGCGCUGGCCGCUCCAGUUCUUCUUGAGACUCGCCAGGAAGAUAACAUUGCCGGUUCUUGGAUCGUCAAGGUCAACGAGAAUGCUGUCCUUGCCGAUGUGCUUUCACAGGUCACCCAGGCUGCUGGAGUUCAGCCUAGCCAUCAAUACAACUUCGGCAGCUUCAAGGGCUUUUCCAUCAACUCCGUCACCGAUGCUGUCAGCCUCUUGAGCUCCAUCACCGCCAUUGAGUCGAUUGAGCCAAAUACGAGAGUGUACGCGAAUGCCGUCCAGGCCAACCCACCCUAUGGUCUUGCACGCAUUUCGCACCGCAACAAGGGCGCGACGGAAUACAUCUACGAUGACACGGCUGGAGCAGGCACCUUCUCCUACAUCAUCGACACUGGCAUCUACACUGAGCACAACGACUUUGGAGGACGAGCAGUAAAGGGCGCCAACUUCGUUCCCGACGAGGACGACCGCGACGGCAACGGCCACGGCACCCACGUCGCCGGCACCACAGGCUCCAACACGUACGGCGUGGCCAAGAAAACCUCCCUCAUCGCCGUCAAAGUGCUCUCCUCCGAAGGCAGCGGCACCAACGCCCAAGUCCUCGCCGGAAUCGACUGGGCCGUCCAAGAUGCCAAAGCCAAAGGCCGCAUCGGCAAAGCCGUCGCCAAUCUCUCCCUCGGCGGGAUCUUCUCGCCCAUGUCCAACCAAGCCGCCGCCGCCGCCGUCCAGCAAGGCCUCUUCCUCGCCGUCGCAGCGGGUAAUAGCGGUCUCCCCACCAUCACAUCCUCGCCUGCCUCCGAACCCUCCGUCUGCACCGUCGGCGCAACAGACGCCGACGACAACCGCGCUUCCUUCUCCAACUACGGCCUGCUCGUGGAUAUCUUCGCCCCAGGUGUCAACGUCACGUCCACUUGGAUCGAUGGCCCGGACGACACCAACACCAUCAGCGGCACCAGCAUGUCGACGCCGCAUAUCACUGGACUGGGCGCGUAUCUUUUGGGAUUGGAGGGCGCGAGGACCCCCGAUGCGCUGUGCAAGAGGAUUCAGGAUUUGAGUACCAAGGAUAAGAUUAAUAUGGGACUGCUGAUUUUGCCGCCGAGUAAGAAUUAUUUGGCGUAUAAUGGGAAUGGUGCGUAG